AUGAAUAGAAAACCUGUGCCUAGGGCUAAUCUUUCUGUCCUAGACAGGUUUGUCCCCGAAAAACCACAAAAAUCUAGCAGAUCUGCAUCUGAGGCUCAAAAAUAUUUUGCCAAAAAAGAAUUACCGCCAUUAGUUUCAUAUGAAACAGCCGGACAAGAUAACAGGCUUCAAAAACCUAUUACAAAAGACAUUCAUGACUAUAAUCCCGAUGAUCCAAUGAUUAAAAUCGGUGAAGUUACUGAUAGAAUUGGAGCUGUUGUAAAAGGUUACGAAGCUUCGCAAGAUGAAGCAAGAUUUAAAGAUAUGCAAACGCUCGACAUGCAAUUUAACGUCCGAUCUUUAGAUUCAAAACAAAUUCUUGACGAAUCGAAAUCUAUUGUUGACGAAUUAAUUAACAAAAACAAGGAAUUAAAAGACAAUCAGUCUACGCAAUUAACGGAUAUAAGUACUUGGCUUAAUGAUCAGAAGUCUAAGCUAUCAUCUGACACUGCUAGCAGCGAAACAGCGAAUUAUAUCGAUCCUGCAUUACAAAUUGCAUCGGAAGAAGCUGUUACAGCCCUUUCUAAUGAUACAGUUGGUAUGCAUGAUAAAGUUAACCGAGUUAUGAAGUUACACAGCGAAUUCGCAGCGAAAAGUUAUUUAAAUAUUCAUCAAAUGGAGAUUGCUUUACAGAAAAAAGACGCGCAAAUUAAAGAAUUAAUGCAAAUUAACGAAAGCCUACAAAAUAAUGCCGCUCAUAACAACAAAAGAAAUAAAAAUCAGCCGAAUAAGGAUAUGAAAAAGAAAUUAGAUCAAUCACUCGAGAAAAUUGCUCAACAAGAAGAAAUGAUCAAGAGCCUAAACGCAAGAAUAUCAGAACUUAUAGGUAAAUCCGUUAUAAUAAAUACAGGAAACAAUUCUCAGCCAACUGGUGAUGAUAAUGGGGCAUAUCAGCACCAGCAAGCUGCAGCAUACCUUACUGUUAAGCUCGAAGAGUCAGAAAUGCUCGUAAACAAGCUAAAAAAUCAAAUUACAGAUUUACAACACGAAAUUGAGAUAAAAGAAAUGGAAAAGUCAAUUAUGAAUACUCAAAUACUCGCAUUGAAUGAAAGAAUCGAUGCUUUAUCAACCAAAAACGAGAAUCUCCUAAAUGAAUUAAUUAUUGAAAAAGAUAGCAAGCAAAACUCCGAAAGAUCACAGAAUACAGAGCGUUCUACCAUGGAAGACCUUUUCAAGAAGAAGAUAAAAGAGCUUGAAGCCGAAAACAACAAGUUACAAGAAGAAAUGACGAACAAACUCAAAAACAACAACCAGGAAUACAAGAAGCAGCUGAAAGAAAUACAGAGAGAGUACGAACUGAGGGAAGUAGAGGCGAGAAACCAGUUGAUGAAGUCAGCAGCAUCAGUAACAAACAACGACGCCCUGAUGAAAUCAGUUGAACAAAAUUUCCAGAGAAAAUUCGAAAUUUUGGAAAAGCAGUAUCAGGAUAAAAUGCAGAGAAUGGAAGAAGAGAACAAAGAGAAGUACAAUGCAAUGCAGCAGAACUAUCUAGAUGAGAUAACACGUCUCAAACACUCGUUAGAUUCGAAGUUGUCUGACAACGAAGCGACGAAAUUGAUUUUUUCGCAGUUGGAAGAAGAGAAAACGAAGAGAGGAAUAAAAGAGGCUGAACUCAAAGCAGAGUACGCAACGAAACUAGAGAAUGUGCAGAACGAGUUCAGAAGUUACAUGGAGAAGCUGGAAGCGUCAAACAAAGAAAAAGACGACCAAAUUUUCAAAUUAAAACAAAACUUGGAAAAUUCUGAAAAUAAAAUUUCAGAUUUGAACUCACAAAUCGAGAAAUUGUCUGUUUUCCAGGUACAAAACAAUCCUCCUCCUGUAACAGUCGUUGAACAAGAAGUUCCUAAAGAAGAACCAGAAACAAACAACACAGACAUAAACAACGCUGUUUUGAAGGCGAAAAGAGACACAGAAAGUCAAUACAUAAAGAAACUGGCCCAACAAAAGGACACAAUGGACAAAUACUACCAGGCAGAACUAGACAAACUAAAGGAGCAACUAGGAGAACUAAAAACUAAAAACACUGCAAAAGAAGAAGAGAAUUCCAACUUAAGAGAAUCAAUUGUUAAUUUACAAUCUCAGUUGCAACAGAAAGACGAAGACUCCAGUUUUACUGAAGAAAUAAAUCAUUUGAAAGCUGAAAUAGACAGACAGAAUGACGAAUACCAGAAACUACAAAGCCAGAAGAUGAAAUUGGAAGUAGAUAAUGACAUUCUCCAGAAAUCUUUGCAGGCAAAAGAUGACGGACAAAUGUUGACUGAUUUGACAGAAAAUUUCAGAAAAUCAGUUGAAGAACUGCAAAACACGAAAGAUGAAUUGGAAGCAUACAAGAAGAGAUACAAAACAAUACAAAAGAUACACAUGGACUCAUUAAACAAACCAAAGACUUUGUUGGAACUGGAUUUCGAAUAUAUUUUCAACUAUUACGAGCCAAUUAUUCCUCAGCCUGCACAAGAAGUCAUUGUCAAACAGAUAAAUGCACAAGAACAGAGAGAAAUAAGACUUUCUCUGCAGAAAGAAAUUGUAGCUCAUUACGUUCCAAUUAAAAAGAAUUUGGAGCUUUCUGAAUACGAAAACAAUAUCAAUUUGUUGCAUUCGUAUACAAAACUUUCUCUUUCUAAUGAAGUAAUAAAUACAGACAUAGAAAGAAAAUCUCCAGAGAAAUCAUCAAGAAAAACUCCAGAAAAAUCAGAAAGAAAUACUCCAGAAAUUUCUGAAAAACCGAAAACCGUUUUGACACAAUCAGAUUCUGUUGAAAUUUUCCAAGAUGAAGACAAAGAGCUUUCAUCGACAGACACUCAAACAGAUGCACUCAAACCAGAGAUAAUCGAGAAAGAAAAGAUUGUAGAAAAAGAGAAGAUAAUAGAGAAAGAACCGCAAAUAAUAGAAAGAGAAAAAAUAAUUGAAAAAGAGCCGCAAAUUAUAGAAAAAGAGAAAAUUGUUGAGAAACUUGUUGAAAGGCCCGAAGUUCCUAAACAAAGCGUUGCUGUUUAUGUUAAUUUGAUUGGAAACAACUCUAAUUUGUCAUUGGAAACUCAGCCAAACAUCGAAAUCUUUGCAAUCAAUGAAAACGGAGAAAUAACUCCAGAAAUUCCUCCAACAAUUGACCCAGAAAUUCCAGAAUUACCUGAAGAGAAACAGCAGAUAGAGAUGCAGAUAAUGACAAACGAAGGAACUAUCAUUGACAUUCCAACAGUUGAAGAAAUCACUGAAGAAACAGAUCACGCUGCAGUUGCAACAGCUUCGAUACAAAGAAUCGAAGAAACUAAAGCUCUUUCGAAGAAACUGGCUUUGGUUGUAUCAGAACUGCAAGCAAUUGAAGAAGAAUCAGAUCCACAGAAGAAACUACAAAUGCAGAAUUCCAUCGGCGUCACUUUGGACAUCGAAAAAGAUUCUUUGAUUUCCCAGAUGAAAGAAAGAAUUUCUGAGUUGGAAGAGAUGAAUAAAAGACACAUCGGAUCAUUAUCUAUCGAAACAAACACAGAACUCAACGUCAACAAGUCUCCAACUCCUGUUUCUUCUUCAUCUAAGCGCCCUCAACUUUCCAUCACAUCAAACCAAAUCGAAGUAACAAAUCAAAUUAAUGAAAAACAAAAUGAUUUUGCUAAUGAAAAAGAUGUUGUUGUUAGGAAUGAUGUGAUGACUUCUCCAAACAAGAUGAUGAGAACUCCAACAGUGAAUGAGUUAGUUGAGAAUGAAUGCCAAGUAAAACCAGAAACAGAUGAAGCAGUGACGCAAACUCAAAAACAGGAAGAAGUAGAGAAAUUGGAUAAUGUUACACAGACACAGAACUUGUUGCAAACAACAAAUGUGUCAAUACAAACAGAACAAGAGAACAUUCCAAAGAUCAAAAGUGUUUUCUACGCUUCUACAAUGGAAACACAAACAAUGAAACCAGAAAUUUCUCUUGAAGACACAGGAAACACGUUCUCCGUAGAAGAAAAACAGAAAACAGAUGUCCAAAUCAACACUGAUGUUGUAGAGAAAGUUGACAUCGGUUUCUCAGUGGAAGAAAUGCCGAAACAAACAAGAAAAACAAUAAAUCUCGAGAAAAUCGAAAACGUUAAAAGAAAAAUCCGUUCAACAAUAGAGAAAACUGCUAGCUAUACAAUAAAUGUUCCAAAGAAAGAUGAUCCAAGAAUCGAACAAUUCGAGACACAGAGGAAACAACUAAAUGAACUGAAGCAACAACUAGUAAUGUUGCAAGCUGCAAAAGCAACAGAACUCAAGCAAACAGUUGAUGAAAUCCAGAAAACACUGAAUGACGCAGGAAACUCGAUGACAGAGAUUGCAAACAAAGGAAUACAAAUGAAGAAGGAAGAGAAAACGAAACAGAUGACAAUGAAUGCGAAAAACGCAAUAGAAAACGCUCAAAACAUAACAAGAUUGAUUUUGGAAAAUACAAAAUCAAAGUUGGGAUCGCAAUUACAAUUAGUUGACAGUUUCACGAAAGUUUCAACUGAUAAACUUAUAAAUACGCAGAAGUUGAAUGACCUGUCAUUAGACUUAUCUCAAAACGUUGUUGACAUGAAGUCAGAGCUGAUGACAACAGAACAAUUAGAUACAGCAUUUAGUACAGCUGUUAAACAAGUACAAGAACAAGAAAAGGAAAUUCUCAAAUUACAGAAAGAUUUAGAAAUUGCAAAGAAAGCACAGAACGAACCAGAUGGAGCCCAAUUAGUAAGAAAGGCUCAGGGAGAAUUGGAAGAAUUGUUAUAUGGAAAUCCGAACAAAAACAAAUUGUUUAAUUCCAAUGAAUCAGCGAUGAAAGUUAUCAACGAAAUUGCGAAAAGAUCUAAAAACAACACGUUGAUACAAGCUGUUGGAGCUUCUUUGAUUCUAGAUAACGUUGAGAAAAUGACUGAAAAAGAAACCCCUCAGCCCCAAAACAUUUACAAUUCACUGACAAACGUCAUUGAGAUGUUGAACGAAAGAACAAUAAAUAAGAGAGCUCAGGAAAUGACUCAGAACUUAAGAGACAGAAUACAGUUUUUGGAAAAAGAGAUACAGAGAAACGAAACAGAGAAAAUGAUGGUGAACAGAGAUCUUUCUUUGUUGAAAGCAACGCAAAUGAACGAGAAAAUCGCAAAUGACAAAAAAGUUCAAACUUUGGAAGAGCAAAAAAUCCUUUUAGAAAGACAAAUUGAAGAUUUAAGUAAGCUGACUGAUGUUGCAUUGAAAGAAAGUCACCAGAACGAAAUCCUCAAAGAUAAGCAACUUAGAGAAACAGAAAGUAUGCUUCAAGAUAAAUCAAAAGCUCUUCUUGAAACAGAGAAGAGGUAUAACGAUUUGAAAUCAAGAUUUGAUGAAUUGUUCAACCAGGCAAAUGAUGCCGAAGUUGACAACAAAUCCUUGAGAAAUAGAGUCGAUGAAAUUGUUUUCGAAAGCCAGAUGAAUAAGAAGAAAGCAUCAGAAUUCGAAAAGCAAUCAUCAUCACUCAACAACGAGCUUGACAAUGCAAACAACAAACUAAGUGAUGCUGUCAAACUCACACACGAAUUGGAAGCAAAGCUGGAACAAAUCAAAAUGGAGAAUGAAUCAUUAAAGAACCAAUUACUCGAGAAAAUGGUCAAUGAUUCGAUUUCAAAAGUUCCAAAUGCGAAGAAUGACAUGUCUAAAGCUGUCAAGUUAUACAAAGACAGAUUGAUUGAAUUCGAACAAGCUCUCAAGCAAAGAGUCAUCGAAUACAUUGACCUCAAAAACCAGAGAGCAACAGACCAGAAACAAAUCAUACAACUGAGGAGAGAAAGCAAUCGACAUGACAGCGAAAUGAAGAUACAAAAGAUGAGAUACGACUGCGCUAAAGAUGAGAACGCACACCUAGUCAAAUCGAUCAUGGCACGAGAAGAAACAAUAAGAAUUCUCAAGAGGGAAAUCGAGAGAUUGAGAAACUUGUUGAGGAUGCAAAAACCAUUGAAAGAAAACUUGAAAUACAUCGAGAAAAUGAAAGCCGAAACAAGCGACGAAAUCCAGAAACAAAUGAGGCAAUUGGAGAACUUGCAGAAGCAAAACAAACUAUUAGGAACAAAUGCUUCCACAAGAUUCUUCGACAGAAUGAUCGAACAGCAAAGGAAAUCAUUGGCAAGAGCGCAGGCUUUGAAGGAAGAAAUAACUCAGAGAGAGCAGAAAGCAAGGAUGAUGGCAUUGGACGCUUCUGCUUUGCUAGUUAGAGAAAACGAAUUAUCCAUUCCAGAAGAAGUUGUAAUGAAGUACAUGCCGAAACCGGAGCCUUCACAGAAAGUAAAGAUGAUGCAGCAGAACAGGCAGUUUGUUCAGCAAACACAUAUCAAUGGCGAAGAGAUUCCGCAACAAACCAAAUCUGUUCAGAAUGAAAACCAAAGUUACGCAGAAAGUUUGCAAAUUUUGGGUGAAUUGAGCGGAAAAGUUGAUUCCAAGGCUUUGCGAGGAAUGCUCAAAGAUGCAAGACACGGACAGAUUGUUAUUCCAGGAAACCAGAAAACUAUUAAAGGUCAAGGAAGCCAGGUUAAUAACCUUUAUGUGAAAUCUUCAAGAAAAUAA